UUGUCCGCCUUCCAAGAUGGCUGCGUCCAUGGUGCGGCGCUUGGGUCCUCUAGUAGCUGGUCGGGGCCUGCGGCUUCGAGGAGGCUGUGUCUGUAACCAGAACUUCAAGAGAAGUUUCGCUACGGAGAGACAGGACCGGAACCUCCUGUACGAACACGCGCGUGAGGGCUACAGCGCGCUCCCUCAGCUGGAUAUGGAACCACUGUGCGCAUACCCGGAAGAUGCCGCGCGCGCGCUGGAUCUCCGCAAGGGGGAGUUGCGGUCUAAGGAUCUGCCCGGCAUCAUCUCGACAUGGCAGGAGCUGAGGCAGCUGCGGGAACAGAUCCGGAGCCUGGAGGAGGAGAAGGAGGCCGUGACAGAGGCAGUGCGGGCCCUGGUGGUAAACCAGGACAACAAUCAAGUGCAGCAGGACCCCCAAUAUCAGAGUCUGCGGGCGCAUGGCCGGGAGAUCCGGAAGCAGCUUACACUCCUCUACCCCAAGGAGGCCCAGCUCGAAGAGCAGUUCUACCUGCGGGCGCUGAGGCUGCCCAACCAGACCCACCCAGACGUGCCUGUCGGGGACGAAAGCCAGGCCCGCGUGCUCCAUGUGGUUGGAGACAAGCCAGCUUUCUCCUUCCAACCCCGGGGCCACCUGGAAAUAGCCGAGAAACUCGACAUCAUCCGUCAGAAGCGCCUGUCCCACGUGUCUGGCCACCGCUCCUAUUACCUGCGCGGGGCUGGGGCCCUCCUGCAGCACGGCCUGGUCAACUUCACACUCAACAAGCUAAUCCACCGGGGCUUCACCCCCAUGACGGUGCCAGACCUUCUCCGAGGAGUUGUGUUUGAAGGCUGUGGGAUGACGCCAAAUGCCAAGCCAUCCCAAAUUUACAACAUCGACCCCUCCCGCUUUGAAGACCUCAACCUGGCCGGGACAGCGGAGGUAGGACUUGCAGGCUACUUCAUGGACCACUCCGUGGCCUUCAGGGACCUGCCAAUCAGGAUGGUUUGUUCCAGUACCUGCUACCGGGCGGAAACAGACACGGGGAAGGAGCCGUGGGGGCUGUAUCGAGUACACCACUUCACCAAGGUGGAGAUGUUCGGGGUGACAGGGCCUGGGCUGGAGCAGAGCUCAGAGCUGCUGGAGGAGUUCCUGUCCCUUCAGAUGGAGAUCUUGACAGAGCUGGGCUUGCACUUCCGAGUCCUGGACAUGCCCACACAGGAGCUGGGCCUGCCCGCCUACCGCAAGUUCGACAUCGAGGCCUGGAUGCCAGGGCGAGGCCGGUUCGGCGAGGUCACCAGUGCUUCCAACUGCACGGACUUCCAGAGCCGCCGUCUACACAUCAUGUUCCAGACCGAGGCUGGGGAGCUGCAGUUCGCACACACGGUGAAUGCCACGGGCUGUGCUGUCCCUCGUGUCCUCAUCGCCCUCCUGGAGAGCUAUCAGCAGAAGGACGGCUCGGUGCUCGUGCCCCCUGCCCUCCAGCCCUACCUCGGCACCGAUCGGAUCACCACCCCCAGCCACGUGCCUCUCCAGUACAUCGGCCCCAACCAGCCCCAGAAGCCCAGGCUCCCGGGCCAGCCUGCCUCGAGCUGAGGACUCAUCCUUGUGGGCCAGUAGGGUUGUCACCACUUCCUGGAGCUUAGGGGUCCCUGGGCCCUGGGACCUGGUGUCCUGAGUCUGUCCUGACAUCCACCUUCUUCAUGUCCACUCCCCACCUGGGCCUCUGGACUCCAGGGUUCACCUCUCCUAUGCCUCUUCUUCCUGGGGAUCAGUCAGAGACCCUGUUGUCAUUGAGGGUCCCAGCCUGCAGUGGGAAGGAGUGGUUCCUCCAAGGGGACUUGGAGGUCUGGGGGAGGGUGGAGGAGAGGGAGAGGAGGCCUCCAUGCCUCCUUCCUUCUUCCCACCCUCAGUGGUUAAGAGAAGGUUCCCUAAUAAAUGGUCAGAACAAA